AAACAUUGUCCAAACAGUUGAAGAAGUACCAAAACCAAAGAACCUGUGGGUUUUAGAAGAAAACAAAGGAGAAUCUAGAGCAAGCUUCCGAGGUCCAUUGGAAUCAGUUGCAUGUGAUUGUGUCGAUUAUUGUAAAAGUAAUGACAUUACAAAUCUGUAGAAAUCUUACGUUAUGUCCAAAGUUGUAUUGUUACUGGCAGGCCAUUGGAUGUACAAGAUGUCACUGUCAGCUUAGAAGGUGAAACUUCCUACAUCUUAAUUAAUAGAUACGAUGUUUUAAAAACUGCACUUGAAGAAGUAAAAUCCAUUGAGAAUCCAAGAGUAACACUUGAAGUGUCUUUUGAUAAUGAGACUGCUCAGGAUAAUGGUGGACCCCGCAGGGAAUUUUUCCGCAUUUGCUUAAAAGAAAUCAAGACUACAUAUUUUGAUAAUGGCCUCAAAGCACAUCUUGCGGACGACUAUACCAUUGUUGGGUUGAUAAUGGCCCUCAGCACCUUGCAGAACGGAGCUAUUCCAAGGUUUCUAAAUGAGGAAGAUCUCCAGGCACUGUUUUCACCAAAGACGCCCACCAAUCUGUGCAUUGCAAAGCUUCAGAAUGGUUUUGACAUGCUUGGUCUUUGUCAAAUAGGACAUUGUUUACCAACAUUCCAAAAUUUGUUCAGAGCUGCCCCUGCUGCUUCAUUGACAAGAAGAAAAUUGACUGAAGUCGACUCUAAUGCAUACCGCCGUGAAAAUGAAAUCUACGCAUUAUUUGCCAAGUAUACCAGAAAAGCCGCAAGUGGACAACGAGGAUCAGUAACCCUGGAACAUAUCCUUCAGUUUGCAACUUGUAGUGACGAAGAACCACUUCUUGGUUUUGCUGUACACCCUUGCAUCGAGUUUGUGGAUGCAUCAUUUGAAAGCAAUUCUUGUUGGUCAUACCCAUAGAAAUAAUAGAUAUAGAAUGCGUACUUGAUCACGAAUCAUGUCUCCACUUUUUCUCAUGCGUGCCCUUAUAAAUCCGCCAUGUUUGGAUUUGACUAGGAGUGCAAACUACAAAGUAUAAACAAAGCUAAAACUACGUUUUCAUUGUCAAAACGUUUAUCUUGUUGUCUAAUUUGUAGUUUGGGGAUAGAUUUUGAGUUUUUUGAAGGCACAAACUGUCAAAGCAAAUGUGCAGUUACAAAAACGGUGAAAAUCGUGCAGCCUUGUAAACAAAGUAUUUUCGCCGGUUUCUCAAAAUUUACUCAUAAAACAUUUUUGCAUGCUUUGAACGUCACUACUGUCACUGUUUUGCUAAUUUUAUAUAAUAUCUUAUAAGAUUACAAAAUGGUAGUUCUUUCUUCGUCGGGUUUCGUUUUUCUUUGAUGUAAACGAAGGUUUUUUAUUUUUUUGAAACAAGGAUCCCGAUCAGCCUGGGAGUCUGGGAACCAAAAUGCCCUUAUAAAUCCGCCAUUUUGUGGAGACAAAUUUUUCACUGAGAAAAGAUAGGAGUACGCAUUCUAUAUCUAUUAUUUCUAUGGUCAUACCUCCCAACAGCCAACACGUGUGCAAAUACUGUGUACAUCCCAAAGUGUUCAGACAACAAUGAAGAAGAACUCUUUCACGCUUAUGAUUGUGCCUUUGCGAGCGCUUACUUUGGACACAUGUGA